AUGGCUACCCCCAGUGUUUUUACCUUUGAUACUGAGGGUUGUGCUGUUGACUUUGAGGUCUGGGUAGAUGACCUCCAGCUGUUCCUCCACUGCAAUAAGACAAAUAACCUCUCCCUGUUCGACCUAACCUCUGGUGCCUCCCCUGCCCCGCCUGCUACUGCUGACAGCACUGUUCGCUCACAGUGGGCGACACGCGAUGCUGCUGCCUGUCUUGCUGUGCGUCGCCACUUACCGACCACUGAGCAUGCACAGUUUAGCCAGUACAAGAGUGCUCAGACCUUGUACGACGUUGUAGUUGCAUGGUACUCUUCCCCUGCCAUUGCUGCACUGAGCCGCCUCAUGCUACCGUACCUCUUCCCUGACCUUGCUGCCUUUCCCACAGUCGCUGACCUCAUUACGCACCUCCGCACUAGUGACACUCGCUACCGCGCUGCGCUUCCUGCUGAGUGUUGCGCCAAGAACCCCACCCCCAUGUACAUCACCCUCUACUACAUAGUCACCCGGCUCCCUAACUCUCUUCGCUUAGUCAGGGACCACUUCCUCUCAGUUUGCCCCACCACACUCACCGUUGACCUCCUCGAGGAGCGCCUCCUAGCAGCAGAGAAGAGCAUCGUCGCUGUAGGAGCCUCUCGUGGUGACCCUCGCACCCCUGUCCUUGAGGGGUGUUUCCCCUCCCCCCUCUUGCCCUCUGUUGCUUCUGCUGCAGCUGCCGAGCUCGUUGGUUUCUACGGGGUCGGCGCUACGUCUGCCCCUAGCGAGAGACGCCGCACCGGCAAGGGCAAGGGGGGCAAGGGCGCUGGAGGGAUUGGCGGGGGCGGUGGAGGUGGUGGUGGAGGCAGUGGAGGGGGUGGGGGUGGUGGUGGGAGUGGUGGCGGGGGUGGCGGCGGCGGUGGCAGCAGUGUCAGGGAAGGAGGCGGCUGUGGUGGCGGAUGGAGCGGAGGCGGCGGAGGUGGCGGAGGCGGCGGAGGUGGCGGAGGCGGCGGAGGCGGCAGCGGUGGCGGCGGUGGAGCUGGUCGCGACUCUGCGCAGAAAAGUGGGUCCGGUGAUGGUCCGCGCCAACAGCAGCAGCGCAGUCGUGAGACUCUGUCCCCUCAGCAGCUUCGUGAGUGGUACGCUGCGCGUCAGCGCGGUGGGGGUACUGGUCCCUGCACUUACGUCCUCCGUACCGGCAACCGUGCUCGUGAGCAGUGCGGGGGCCCGCAGUCCACCCAACGCUACUUCGGCCGCCUGACGGACGCGUGGCGUCACCAAUUCCCUGAGGCGUCAGAGAUCCCUCGUUGGGGAGAUCUGUCUAGGGCGGGGGUUGCUAUCUUUGAUCUUGACUAUGAUGCUAUCCUUGCUGCCAUGUAUGCUGUGUCUACUAGUGUUGAGGGUGACUGUUACCUGUUUGUUCCGCCUGACCCGGGCAUUAAGGCUACUGCUCUAGGUGCUGGUGAGGCUGCUGCUCUAGGUGCUAGUGCGUCUACUGCCCCAGGUGCUAGUGCGUCUGCUGCCCCAGGGGCUGGUGAGUCUGCUCUCUCAGGUACUACGUAG